AUGAAGUGCUGUUACAUUUUUCAAACAUCAUGUGCAUGUAUUACAAUUAAAAAUAUUGUAAUCUGCGUUAUACAAUUGUUGUUUUUUUAAUUGCACAUAGGUGACAACUAAAAAUGUGAAAGUUUCCUAAUUUGAUUCACACCUAUACGUAUUAUUCACACCUAUCAGGCUAUAUAUUAUUACUGGGACCAAAGACCUAUAAAAGUAGCGGAUCCGUGGUCUAGUGGUAACACACCGGCUUCACUAUCCAGAGAUCGCUGGUUCAAUCCCCCGCUGCACCUAAUCUACUAACUCGUCUUUCGCAUGAGACGUUAAAACCGAGGUGCAGUGUACUAGGUGCUAUACACCGGGCACUAAAAAGACCCAGGGUCACCUCUGGAACGGGUGUCUCCUGUAUCUUGCACUAUCCCCCGUAACCAACUAACACGUCUUUCUGGGGGCGAUGGCCAUAUGGGAGUCAAUCCCGGUGCACUCGAUAAAAAACAAAAACAACAACAGACCUAUAAAAUACAUUUUAUAUCACAAAUAUCAGUGGAACAAACUGGUAGUGGCAUAAAACGUCCAUAAACCUUUUUGAGUACCUACAAAGACCCGAAGGUUGGCAGGUUGCUGAUGCCAUCAUGGCUGGGCGGAAGAAUCGCCAGUCAGAAAUGAAGGUGGACCCCUUUAGGAUGUUCCUCUACGUGUGUCUGAUUGGUUUCAUCACGCUUAUGCUGGUUGGCUACACGAUGCUGAAGGAAGACAAGUAUGCGGAGGUGGAUGCUGAGUUGCCAGCUUUCAAAGACCUCCACAGCAAUGAGAAUGCUGCUUUGAGGGAGGACAUAAGGGAGCCCCUAAUUCUAUGGUGGACCCCUUUCACAAAGGAACGAGGUGCUUACAGGAAGUGUGGGGAUGUCUCUUGCUAUUUCACAGAGGACAGGCACUACUGGCAACAUACCAAUACCAAGGUGGUCAUGUUUUACGGCACCUCUCUGAAAGUUUAUGACCUUCCAUUACCUCGGCAACCCACUCAGGAGUGGGCCCUACUGCAUGAGGAGUCCCCCAAGAACAACUUCCUGUUACACAUGCCACUGUUCAUCAGCCUGUUUAACCACACGGCCACGUUCAAACGUGAAGCAGACUUCCCUCUGACCUUUCAGCACUUGGUUGACCUGCGCUGGCUGGAAGGCACCAAGUACCUUGUAUCAACGGAUGAAAAGAACAGAUUGCAACGGGAUCAAGGCCUGGCUAUGAUCUCAUACACACAAAGUGACCAGAACGUGCCUACAAAUCGCGAUGGCUACGUCAGUGCUCUGAUGAAGGAAAUCGUGAUAGACUCAUACGGUACCUGCCUUCACAACAAAGAUCUUCCAGAACAUGUGAAGGAUCCAGUAAUAGGAAUGGAGCAUGAGGACUUCUACCGACUGCAGGCCCAGUACAAGUUCUCUCUGGCCAUGGAGAACUAUGUUUGUGAUGACUAUGUCACAGAGAAGGUGUGGCGUCCACUGAUGCUCGGAACUGUGCCUGUUAUACAUGGAUCUCCUAGAAUCAAGGAUAUCUUGCCUGAUAAUCACUCUGCAAUUAUAAUAGAAGAUUUUAAGUCGGCAAAAGAACUUGCUAAUUACCUAAAAUUUCUGAAUAAAAAUGAUGAGCAAUACAACAAAUUCUUUAAUUGGAAGAAGACUGGAGUGACUAACCCUUAUUUGAAAGCACAGAUGUUAAAACGCUCCUGGAGUGUUCAGGAGACAUGGAAGAAUGAAAGGACAAAUUUCAUUGAAGAUUUUGAAUGCUUUGUUUGUAAACGAUUGCAUGAAAAUAUAAAACUGGAAAAGGCUGGCAAAGCUCAGAAGCCUCGCAUUGUUGAAGGGUCUCAUACAAGCUGUCCUAAACCAGCCCCAUUUUUUGGCAAUCAUAAUAGCUGGACAUCUCAGUGGGAUCACACAGAAAAUGUAGCUGAAGCGGUGAGAUAUUAUGCAGAGAAAAAUGUGCAGUUUUCUAAAGGGGAUUUGCAUGCCAAAGUGUCAGAACUUGCAUACAAGAAGAAAUCUUGGUUUUGAACUUGAGAUUACAUAUGUAUGUUGUUUGUUUAGUAGAUGAUAAUUAAGAUUAACAUACCAUUACUCCAUAUCACUCUCCUACUGGUAAUCAAUUUAAACUUGAUACAUAUGUCCUGAUAAUUUCAUGAUGUACCUGACCAAGUUCCAGAACUCUUACCCACAACUUAGCAGAAUUGCACCCACUUUGUGUUCUUAGAACUUUUGUUUUAUCUGUUCAUAGUUGAAUAAAGGGUAUCAAUGUUUCUACGACAGGAGUUAAAUGGAAACUUCACACAUGUGUUUGGGGUCGCAUGGUGAGGUUGCUGACCUACAAUUAAGCAGAAAUAUGCACAUUUUUUGUACUUUUUUUGUAAAGUAUAUUUUCUUGGCAUGAUGACAUUUCUUGUUUUAAUUAUUAAACUAAUAGCUUUAAGUUAACAUGUACAAUAUUACUAAUACAGAUAUUCAAUUUUAAGAAAUCCUUGUGGUCAUUAUGUCAGAUGACUGACAGGAAAUGUACAUUAUAAUAUCAAAAAUAAUUAUGAUUAACGUGUAAAAUAUAAAAAGUUACCAACUGGAUUUUUUUACACCAAAAAAAACAACAACGCCUGACAGACUCUCCGAGAUAUUAACCUAAGGGUCCGUUUUGUCCUGACUUUGAGUUUAAGGUAAACGCUGUAUAUAUGACCACAUUUUACAUUAAGGAUUUCAUAUAUUUUUCAUAUUGACUACUUUCAUUUGAAAUAUUUGUAUGUAUACUUUAAAUUGAAUAUUUAAGUUAUUUUAUAUUUUAUUCAACUUGUUACACUUUAUCAUUUGUUAUUUCUAACUGUACAUUCCAUGGUAUUCUGUUUUAUCAUACCGCUGCAUUGAUACUUCUACCUGCCUGAUAUAAACGUUGCAUGAUAUAUUUUUUAUAUCUGUUCAACAGAAAGUUUUCAUAUCAGUCGAUGAUAGGAGGUAGCUCAUAUUACUCGGAAUCAACUAUAAAGUAAUCAUUAUUAGUAAAUUUGAAUCACAUUCAACGAAACAAACAAUUUGAUACCAAGAUGUAAUAUAUUUUAAACACAAAAUGCAACACAAACAGCAAAAUACUUGUUUUACAAACAUCAAGCGCAAGUGCUAAUGACGUCAUUAUUAAUACAUCAAACGACAAAAAUCAUAUUCCUUCCCACUAAAUCUGCAGCUUUUUAGCGAUAGUUUCAUUAUUUCUUUUAAAUCGGGGACAUAGAGGUAUGAUAAACAGAAAAACAGAUUACUUCCUGAUCUUUGUGUAAUAUAUCGGGCUCGGCACGAAUAAAAUAAAGAAUCGGCAAGACUCGCUGUUAUAAUAUUCUAAGCCUUGCCUGAUAUAUUACAAAAAGAUCAGGCAGUAAACUUUUAAUUUUGCCACUAUUUCUGACCUAACAUUUUGAAACGUUAUUAUACCCAUGACCGAUACCAAUUAUGAAUUCCACUCAUUUCCAGAAUUAUUAUUGCUGCAACAGACAUUUGAGAUUGUCAUGGUUCUUUGAAAUGUUAUAUCAGUUGUAAGGCACAUCCACUUUAAAUUUGUUUUUGUAGGAACGUUGUUAAAAAGUAAACAAAAAAUCGAUCUAGAACAGUAGUUAAAAAAGCAAUUAUGAAUGAGAGAUAAUUUCAACAGUUUUACAAGGAAACAGGCAUAAUAUAACAUAACUAAAGUAGUAUCUGAAACAAUAAGGAAACAUCACUAUUAAAAGAAAUCAUGGUAAUUGUGCUUUUUAAUGCAUAAUGCUUAAUUCUUACAUAAUCUGAAAUCUACAAUAAUCCUUUGUGAUAAUGAAAGUGUCAAUCAUUUUUAUGUCCCAAAGUCUAUACUGGGGGACAUAUUGUUUUUGCCCUGUCUGUUGGUUUGUUUAUUGGUUUGUUUGCGGCAAACUUUAACAUUUGUGAUAACUUUUGCAAUAUUCAAGAGAGCAACUUCAUAUUUGGCAUGCAUGUGUAUUUCAUGAAGCUGCACAUUUUGAGUGGUGAAAGGUCAAGGUCAUCCUUCAAGGUCAAAUGUCAAAUAUAUGCGGGGGACAUAGUGUUUCACAAACACAUCUUGUUAAUUAUGCCCCCCUUCGAAGAAGAGGGGGUAUAUUGUUUUGCUCAUGUCGGUCCGUAUGUCCGUCCACCAGAUGGUUUCCGGAUGAUAACUCAAGAACGCUUGAUCAUAACUUGCAGAUGACCCCUAUUGAUGAUUUUAAGCUCACUAGGUCAAAUGUCAAGGUCAUGGUGACCCGAAAUAGUAAAAUGGUUUCCUGAUGAUAACUCAAGAACGCUUAUGCCUAGUAUAAUGAAACUUCAUAGGUACAUUGAUCAUGACUCGCAGAUGACCCCUAUGGAUUUUCAGGUCACUAGGUCAAAGGUCAAGGUCAUGGUGACCCGAAAGAGUAAAAUGGUUUCGGGAUGAUAACUCAAGAACGCUUAUGCCUAGGAUCAUGAAACUUCAUAGGUACAUUGAUCAUGACUCGCAGAUGACCCCUAUUGAUUUUCAGGUCACUAGGUCAAAGGUCAAGGUCAAAGUGACAAAAAACGUAUUCACACAAUGGCUGCCACUACAACUGACAGCCCAUAUGGGGGGGCAUGCAUGUUUUACAAACAGCCCUUGUUCUGUUUAUGAUGUUGCUUACAGACAUAAUUUUCAUUAACACUAUUGAACCCAACAGUUAAUGUGGACUUCAGUCUGCUGGCUGAGUUUGUUUAACAGAAAAUAUGAAUUUCAUUUUUGUUACGUUGAAUCUCAGGACAAGUUUCAUUUGUUUCCUUUUUUGCUUAUUGCUCAAAUGUGUUUUAAUAUGUGAUAUUAUUCAUGAUUUGAUCAAGAACUAAUUGUGUGUGCAAUGUUAAAUACACGUCAAUCUAUUUUGAUGGCAUCAGGCUGUCUCAUUUGCAUAUUGUGCUGUACUGUUAAUAGCAAUCUGUUUUGGGUCUUUAGGAGGAUAUAUGGUUGGUAACUUUUGAUAUCAUGUGAUAUCAGACUUUUCCAAUAUAAAUCGUUUGAAAAGGCUGCUAUUCCAUUGCAGUAUUAGACAUGUCUGAUAUAACUUGUUAUCAAAAGUCACCAACCAUAUAUUCUCAAUAUAUUUGCUCAAGUGUCUAUAAAUACAACUCUGUUUUAUUUCCUAUGAUUCCAGAUUGUUAAUGUCUGAUGUAUUUUUAGCUUAUUUGGUAAUGAGCCAAUUUGUUGCUUUAGGUGCACUGCUUCUGAGGGACUGUUUCACUGAUUGGACAUUUUGUAAUAUAAAAAGUAGUUAUCAUUGAUUGAAAAAUGCAUGCAUUAUUUUGAAAGUAAAUUACAGUAAUUACUAUGAAUAUGAAUACAUGCAUAAGAAGCAUAGCAUUAUAAGUAUUGUGUC